AUGGCUGUGGUCGGCCCGAGCCGACACUCCAGGGUGUCAAUGUCGCUGAUGCAGGGCUCGACGAACGGUCCAGUCGGCAACCACCAGCAGGCCAGCGCCUCGCAACAGUUUUUCCACGCUCAGCAGCAAUCACACCAUGCCGCACAAUCGGCCACUGCACAUCCGGUGGACUACAAACCGGACAGACCAAUUGGAUACGGCGCAUUCGGAGUCGUCUGGGCUGUAACAGAUCCAAGAGACGGACGAAGAGUCGCGUUGAAAAAGCUUCCAAACGUUUUUCAAUCACUAGUCUCCUCGAAACGAGUUUUUAGAGAGUUAAAAAUGUUAUGUAAUUUCAAACACGAAAACGUAUUAUCCGCCCUUGACAUUCUGCAACCGCCUCAUUUGGAUUUCUUUCAAGAAAUAUACGUGAUAACCGAACUAAUGCAGAGCGACUUGCACAAAAUUAUAGUGUCGCCGCAACAGCUGUCGCCAGACCACAUAAAAGUUUUCCUCUACCAGAUCCUCAGGGGUCUCAAGUAUCUGCAUUCGGCACGAAUAUUGCACAGAGAUAUCAAACCAGGAAAUCUGCUUGUCAACAGUAAUUGUAUUCUAAAGAUUUGUGACUUUGGUCUGGCCAGAGUAGAAGAACCAGAUGAGACUAAACACAUGACUCAAGAAGUGGUGACACAAUAUUUUAGGGCGCCGGCAAUACUUAUGGGAGCCAAACACUACACAUCGGCCAUAGACGUGUGGAGUGUCGGUUGUAUAUUUGCCGAACUUGUCACCAGGCGGAUACUGUUCCAAGGCCAAGACACGGUUCAACAACUGGAAUUGAUAACGGACUUGCUCGGUACGCCGACUAUGGAAGACAUGGCCCACGCGUGUCCGGCAGCCCGUUCCCACAUGCUCAUACGACGCAUGAAGAAGCCGUCCAUGUCUCUGUUGUACUCUCUGUCUUCGUUGAUGACGCACGAAGCGGUUCACCUGAUUUCCCAGAUGCUAGUUUUCAACCCGGACAAACGGAUGUCCGUCAUGGACGCGUUGGUCCAUCCUUACCUAGACGAGGCCGUCUGA